GCAAGAAGAACUCCGUCCUGCUGAGGAAGGGGAAGGACGGCUCCAACUCAGGUUCACUGAACUACCGGGACAAUGAGAUCAUCCAGCAGAUCGUGAGGCAUGACCGAGAGACGGCCCACAGCAUCCAGGAGCAGAGGCUAGCAGCAGUGAGGGCUGAGCGGCCGAAACCUGUCAUCUGGGCGCCGCUAGUUCAUGCUCCCCUCCAGACAGCGGCUGCCACCACCUCGGUAGCUAUCGCCCUGACCCCCCGCCACAUGCCGACUGCCAUCUUCCUGCCACCUGCAGCCUCCUCGCCCCUGGGGGUGGGCCCAGAGUCCGGCCUCCCCCGGCAACAGCAGCUCCGUGCCUCCCACCUCCAGGGCAUGGCCUCUCCUCCCUCCUCCACCACCUCCUCGGCGGCUCACACUCCCGGGGCCGGCUCCCCCCUGGUCCCUCAGCCUUCCCCGGGGCAGGGAGCUCCCCCACUAACCGGGCCCCAGGCUCCUGGUGGGACUAGGCCUCAGGUCGGGGAGCAGGCUGGAGCCCGCAGCUUAGGCCUCAGGACAGUGCCUCGCUCGGUCUCGGCUUUCCAGCGGGGGGCAGCAGGGAGCCGUCGGGGUUCGAGCCCGGCAGGGAGCCCUCUUUCCGGGAAGACUUUCCACUACAGCCCACCCGAGGUGACAGGCUCCCGGGCUUCGCUUCCCGGUCACCAGGCCCUUCCAGGUGGGCCCCAUCCUCCCCGCAGCGCCCAGAGCAUUCCCCUCGGACGUCUGACCCAGGACGCCAGGCUCCUGUCUGCCUCCCAGCCCGUCUUACCGGCCAGGCCUGGCCCAGCCCCAGCUCGAUCCUCCCGGGACUCGGCUGCAGCCUGCCCCAGGCUCUCCUCUUCCUCCCUAUCUGCUGGGCCGCUGCUGCCCCCCCUCAGACCAUUGCCCAAAGACCCUUCACCCGGCCGCAGGAGCUCAGUCACCUCCAGCUCGGCCCCGGACUCAGAGAGACCCCGGCUCCCCUCCAAUAUGUAGUGACCAGGCUCCUAACCCAUUCACCUGGGGAGGGGGUGCUGCCCAGGGCCCUCAGGACCCCCCCCAGCAACAAACACCCGCCCUGGCUCCCCCAGCA